ACUGUGAAUCACUCGGUUGACUUUCUUGCAGACGUCUCUGUGCUAAUGGGAACGUUUGUGUUUGUAUCCCAGAAUCCUCCAGGUUUGCCCGGCAUCGCAGUGUCCUGGCUCGUGUGCGUUCUGCACGGCAGCAGAUUUGUCAUCGACGGGCACAACUACGGCUACACCAUCAUGUCCCUGAGCCACGGAUCCACACACCCGGUGGUCCGCCUGGCAAAGUGGUACGAACACUUCUUCGGCCCUCUGGCCUCUCACAACCUGUGUGUUACAAACGCCAUGAAGGACGACUUGCAGAAAAACUGGGGCAUCAAGUAUGAUUUUGUUUUUCACUUAUCAUGUUGUGCAGCUAUGUACAACAACAUUUAAUAAUUACAGCAAAUUUCAGAGCAAUCUGUUGAGAUAUCCUCCUCUGGACCAAAGAGUGGCACCAACAGACCGACCACCGUCAAUGAAAACACUCUGGACCAA